GAGUAAAACACUGCAGCUUCAAAAACCAUUUCUUUCUCUCUUCUGGAAUUACACAUACUGGAACAUUGCUUUUUCCUCUUUUUUUUUCUUUUGGUGGUUGCUAAUGAUUAGUUAGCUUGGUUGUCGUAUGGAGAAACCAAAUUUCUCAACACAACUUGGAUGUAACAGAGAAAGACAAAAGCAGUUUUCAGCUCCAGCUGCAGAUUAACAAUCAACAGCAUCGGGUAAUAUAGGAAGAAGAAAGCAACUUGGCCUCUGGAUUUUCCAUCUACCACAGAAGCGAAACAGCUGGGAGAUUUUUUUAUCUUGUUUCUUCUGUCAGUCCUCACACUUGCCUUAAAAUGAAGACACGUCAAUGGCCUGGCGGCGUACUACUGUUCCUGCUGCUGUCUAGCGGGCGCUGCACAGAGCAAUCCACACCCAGCAAAACAUCCCAGCGGAGGCAGCCUCGUGCGGCAGAUGGAGAGGAGGGGAAGAAAUGUGGUUACACCUUCCUGGUCCCUGAGCAAAAAAUCACAGGGCCAAUCUGCGUGAACACUAACGGGCCAGGCAGCGGCAACAGGAAAGAUGAAGUGACCAGGAUGGACAUCGAGAACUUGAAGGAUGUGCUGUCCAAGCAGAAGCGGGAGAUUGACAUUUUGCAACUGGUAGUGGACGUGGACGGAAACAUUGUGAACGAAGUCAAACUACUGAGGAAAGAAAGUCGAAACAUGAACUCUCGAGUCACCCAACUCUACAUGCAGCUCCUGCACGAGAUCAUUCGAAAGCGCGAUAACUCGCUUGAGCUUUCCCAACUGGAAAACAAAGUCCUCAAUGUCACAACAGAAAUGUUGAAGAUGGCAACGAAAUACAAGGAGCUUGAAGUAAAAUACGCAGCACUAACUGAUCUUGUCAAUAAUCAGUCUGUGACUAUCUCGCUGCUCGAAGAACAGUGCUUAAGAAUCUUCUCGCGCCAGGACACCCACGGGUCUCCACCUCUUGUGCAAGUUGUGCCCCAGCACAUUCCCAACAGCCAGCCAUACACUCCUGUUCUCCUGGGAGGUAACGAGAUACAGCGAGACCCAGGUUACCCUAGAGACAGAGAUGUAAGGCCACCACCUGACCCAGCUACUUCUCCUACAAAGAGUCCUUUCAGAGUGCCACCACUGGCUUUAAUUAAUGAGGGUCCAUUCAAGGACUGCCAGCAAGCCAAGGAAGCUGGGCAUUCCAACAGCGGCAUUUACAUGAUCAAACCUGAACACAGCAACGAGCCAAUGCAGCUAUGGUGUGAGAACAGCCUGGACCCCGGAGGAUGGGCAGUUAUUCAGAAGAGGACAGAUGGCUCUGUCAACUUUUUCAGGAACUGGGACAGUUACAAGAAAGGAUUUGGAAACAUUGAUGGAGAGUACUGGCUGGGACUGGAAAAUAUUUACAUGCUUACCAAUCAGGAUAAUUACAGACUGUUGAUUGAGCUGGAGGACUGGAGCAAUAAGAAGGUCUAUGCAGAAUACAGCAGUUUCCGCCUGGAGCCUGAAAGCGAAUUCUACCGGCUGCGCUUAGGGACGUACCAAGGAAAUGCAGGUGAUUCCAUGAUCUGGCACAAUGGGAAGCAAUUCACCACACUGGACAGGGACAGGGACAUGUAUUCAGGAAACUGCGCUCAUUUUCACAAAGGCGGCUGGUGGUACAACGCCUGUGCCCACUCGAACCUCAACGGGGUGUGGUACAGAGGAGGCCACUACAGGAGCAAGUAUCAGGAUGGAAUAUUUUGGGCUGAGUACCGAGGAGGUUCCUACUCCUUGAAAGCAGUUCAAAUGAUGAUCAGACCUAUAGACUGAGGAGGGAAAUCCAACAGUGCUCAAGUGAUUACCUGUAAACUUCUCGGCGCUUGAGUUCCACAGAAAUAAAACAUUACUUCUUAAUCAUUAUUUUGCACAA